UGUUUAAUUUUAUUGUCAAAAGUGACAUUUGGUCAAUUCCAGUUAAUUCUGUUAUUUGGAAGAGGUGCUAAAUAACUCUUAAGCUGUGAUUAAUUAAUUAAUUUUAUUUGCUAGCAAAAUGGUUGUUAAAGUGUACAUUAGUGGAAUAAGCGGCAAUAAAGAGGUGAAAAAAAGACAACAACGAGUACUUAUGAUUCUUGAUUCGAAAAAUAUUAAAUAUGAAGUGGUAGAUAUUGCGGAACCAGGAAACGAAGAAGCCAAGGAGUUCAUGCAGAAUAAUUCUAAAUCAUUGGGUGCAACAAUUGGUGAUGCUAACCCUAAACAUGCUCUUCCACCUCAAGUAUUUAAUGAUGAAGAAUAUUGUGGUGACUAUGACUUGUUUGACUUAGCAAAUGAAGUAGAUGAAGUUGAAAAGUUUUUAAAACUUGAACCUUCUGAUACAGUGAUCACUUCAAAUGCAGAAAUUAAAUUGGAAAAUGGAGAAAUUCCUGUAGAGAGCAUACAAGACAAUUUUGAUAAAUUAAACGGCAAACAUAAGGAACUAGAUUCAAAUGAAGAAAAUAAAGAAACUGCAGAUGAGGGAGUAACGGAUUCCCAGGAUAAUAAGGAGGAAUCUGAAGAACAAGAGAAAAGUGAAGAGAAUGAAGAGUUAAAAAAGUCUGAAGAAAAUGCUAUAGAAAAUAGCAGUCCUGAAGCUGAAGAUGCAUAAUUACUUCUCAGAACAAUUUUCCUUUAAGUCUUAAACAAAAGUAUUACCCAUACUUAUCAGAUUAAUCUGCUUUAAUUUCUUUGCAAUCGUUUUUUUUUUUAAGGAUAUCUUCAAUUAUAUUUUUCAUGAUGAAAAUUAAAUACAUUAAAUUGUAAAUAAAUAUCUCGACAUCUUUAUCAAAAUACAUUAACUGUUAAAUUAAAAGUUAUUUGUCUAGAGUCUGAUUUUUACUGUAACUUAAAGUUUUUACUUACUAAUUUGCAUGUAAUGUUGUUAACACAUAAUAUAAUAUUUUUGAGACUGUAACUAAUAAUUAAAUCGCUUUUUUACUUUUAA